GUCAGUCGAGUGGUUUCGUCUGCUUCUUCCUGUUUCUUCCCGUUUUUCUUGGAGUCAAAGUGAAACUACAGCAGCUGCUCCGUUGUUUGCAUUUUUUAUUUACAGAAUAAUUAUCACUGCAAGAGUUCAGGAUGUCAGCUGUGAAAAUGAGUGAGGGCAGCGUGCAGGUGGAGAUCUGCAAAGCUCCACUUUUCUACAGACAAAGCCAGCCGACCGCCGGUGACCCAAAGAUGUCGGUUCUCCUCCUUCAUGGUAUCCGUUUUUCAUCGGAGAACUGGCUCAACAUCGGCACUCUGGAGACUCUUGCCAAAGCCGGCUGCCGAGCGGUCGCCCUUGACCUGCCAGAACUUGGUCAGUCCAAGUCAGCCAAAGCUCCGGUGCCGUUGGGAGAACUGGCCCCUGCAGCGUUCCUGAAGGAAGUGUGUGAACAGCUGAGCUUGAGCCCCGUGGUCGUAAUCAGCCCGUCACUAAGUGGGACGUAUUCCCUCCCUUUCCUCCUGGAGCAUCAGCCUCUGGUACGAGCAUACGUCCCCGUAGCGCCAAUCUGCACUGAAAAAUUCACAGCUGAGCAGUACCAGAGUGUCAAGGUCCCAACGCUGAUCGUUUACGGCGACCAGGACACCCUUGGAGAGGUGUCGCUCCGUAACCUGAGCAAUCUGACCAAUCACAGAGUGGUGGUAAUGAAGGGCGCUGGACACCCAUGUUACCUGGAAGACCCAGACACCUGGCACAAAGCUCUUACUGACUUUCUCAGUACCCUGUGAGUCUCUUCGCUCUGUUCAAGCAGAGAGCUUUCCUAAAAAACACACACACAAAUGUGCCUAACAAAUCAUUUAUGAGAAGUUCCUCAUUCACUACGUUUAACGAUGCCUGCUGAUCAAAUCCCAAGUUUGUCUGUCUAUUAAAUGUAUUAAAUCAUCUGUCUCUGUGAGGAGUUUGAAUUAUAUGGAUUAUGUCAUGUCUCUCCUUUUGAAACAUUCUUGGUUAACAUGUCCAAAUCAAUGCGUGUUAAUAGCAUGUCUACAUCUCUACCUUUUUUUUUUCCAUCACGUUGUCUAGUAUUACUGCCCUCUUGUGGUUUGUAUCCGUAACUGUAGCAAAACUUUAACAUCUGGGACUGUGUGUUUGCAACUGAAUCAGUAACAGCAUACAUUUCUGUAGCAUAGAACAGAAAUAAGAGAUAUAAAAUUAACUGGAAUAUU